UUUGCUUCGUUUGCUCGCAGUGGACGCGGACCUGGAGCCAGAGCCGUGGGACGCCGAGGACCGCGCCGGCUUCCCCGCGGGAUGGCACGCCGAUGAUGGCCCGGGCGCGGUGCUCCUGGGACUCCACCUUCCCGGCUUCGCUCCAGGAAGGCAGGAAGAUGGGGCCCGCGCGAGCCCACCUCGGAGCAAGACGACAACGGCUCCCUCGCUGCGUCAUCCUGGCGCCACAAUCGGUACGCCUGCCUUGGCGACGGCCUCCUCCACCUCGACCUCCGCCGCCCCGCCGCUCCUGGACGCGCUCGCGCUCUUCGGCCCCGCCCGACGCGACGGUGGCGAGGGUGACCUCCGGGGGCUGACUGGCCACCGCCGCUUGGCGCCCGCCAAGGCCUCCUCCUCGACCAAGGCGUCUCAGGCGGCACCUGCUCACUUUGGCCGCUUUGGCUUUGGACCACCAUCGUGGUUAGUCAAGUCAAGGUUACCCCCACACUCGGACUCUUAUGACCUCCCCGGCCUCGCCCCGGCCUCACCGGCCUCCUCCGACCAGAGCAGCAUUGACGACGACCUGCUGACCCCGCCGCCGACGCAGCUCGCCGCAUCAGACAUCGUGAAAGUGCCCCUGUCGUCCGAGGAUGACCACGCCGGCGCCAUGGGUCCCGGGCCCGGCGUCACGGCCCUGGCGGACAGCGACGUGGAGUGCCAGCUGUGCCACAAGGGCCUGCCGGGCUUCCCUGCGCUCGCCGAGCACAUGGAGAAGGCCCACCCGCAGGUGAUGGGUGGCGACGCGCCCGGCGCCCUCCCGGGCGUGCACGGCGUGCACCUCAACGGCGGCGUGGCCGUGUCCGGCGGGCCCGAGUCGCCGCCGCAGGGGUCGGCGGGCGCCGCCUCGCCCCCGCUCACGCCCACCCCGUCGUCGGCGUCCUCCAACGGCGGCGCCUUCGCCGUGCGCCACUUCGUCAAGGGCAUGGGCAUGCCCGGCGGCGCGCAGCUGGCGCACGCGUGCGCGCAGUGCAACUCGUCGUUCGCCACCCGGGACCAGCUGGAGAAGCACGAGCUGGUGCACUCGCCCAACAUUCAAGUGAGGAGCACAUCCGUAUCCACAGCGGCGAGAAGCCCUUCGAGUGCGGCAACUGCGGCAAGCGCUUUUCCCACUCGGGCUCGUACUCGAGCCACAUGACGUCCAAGAAGUGCCUCGUCAUGAACCUCAAGGUGUCGCGCGCCAACCCCAAGAGCGGCGCCGGCGGGCAGGCCCUGUCGCGCGGCAAGCGCGCGCCCACCACCAUCAACAAUAACAACAACAAUAAUAACAACAACAUCAACAACAACACGGCCUUCCCCAUGCUGCCCAAGUACAGCGAGGGCAUGGGCGCGCUGUUCGGCGGCUUCUCGGCGCCGGCGCCCUUCUACCAGCUGCCCGGCAUGGCGGGCGCGAUGCACCCUUACCACCUGACGCACCUGCUGGAGCAGCUGCACGCCAACGCGCCGCAGCUGCAGGCGCGCAGCCCGUGUGGCAGCCCCGAGCAGGACCGCAGCCCGCGCAGCGGGUCCCCGGGCCAGCGCAGCCCGCAGAGCCCCCACAGCCCGCGCAGCCCCCGCAGCCCGCGCAGCCCCUACCGGAGCCCCAGCGGCCACAGCGGCGGGCCCAGCCCCGCGCGCAGCCCCUCGCACAGCGGCGACCUGGACCACGACAUGGAGGACGACGACCGCCACCACAACCUGCUGUCCGCGCUUGAGGUCAACAUCGAGGAGACGGGCGGCGCCAUCAAGGAGGAGCAGCACGACAGGGAGGACGCCGUCAAGUCCGAGCCCGAGGAGGGCAGCAGCAACGGCGGCGCGCACGAGAACGGCGUCCGCCACCAGGACGGCGAGGGCAGCGCCAACGAGGCCGGCGACGGCGAGGAGCGGUCGGAGCGUGCCAGCCACCUGGACCGCAUCCUGGCCACGGUGAGCGCCAACGUCAUCAGCAAGUCGUUCAGGUCCACGGCGUCGCCCGGCGGCGACCAGCAGUGCCGGCACUGCCACCGCGCCUUCGCCAGCCCCAUCGACCUCCACCAGCACGAGCGCUACCUCUGCGGCGCGCGCGAGGCGCUGGGCGAGGCCGCGGCCGAGGCCCUGUCCGAGGGGCUGGCCGCCAAGCUGGAGGAGGUGGCGGGCCACCCCGGCAAGGACGCGGGCGGCAGCACGACCGGCAGCGUGGGCGCGGGCCCGCAGCACCACAGCGGCUCGGAGGACGAGCUCACGGACCACGACCAGGACGGGCGGAAGGUGCGCGUGCGCUCGCAGAUCACUGACAGCCAGCUGGCCAUCCUCAAGCCCCACUACGCGGCCAACCCGCGGCCCAAGCGCGAGGAGCUCAUCCGCCUCGCCGAGAUGGUGAAGCUGCCCCAGCGCGUGGUGCAGGUGUGGUUCCAGAACACGCGCGCGCGCGACCGGCGCGAGGGCAGGCUCAUCAACGGCCCGACCCCGGCCGCGGGUGCCGGCGCGGGCAGCGCACCUCCCCAGCACGGCCUCGGCGCCCUCCUCGGCGGCGCCGUCCUGGCCGGCCUGCAGCAGCCGCCCUCCGAGCAGCCGCUCGACCUCUCUACCAAGAAGUGGCCCACCUCGCAGCACUCCGUCCACUCGUCCCCGUCCAGCUCGCCGCCGCGGCCCAGCUCGCGCAACUCUGACGACGGCGUCAUGAACCUGUCGCGCAAGUCCACGCGCUCGGACUCGCCGACCCGGUCCAGGUCGCCCACCCCCGUCAACAUCCCCCCCGCCUUCCUGCCCCUGUACAACCAACUGUACCCGCGCUCUCCCAGCCCCAACGGCUGGCGGGGGCUCAAGCGGCCCUUCCCCGGCGUGGCCGAGCUGCCCCCGUUCUUCACCAAGCACCUGGCCUCCGCCCCGGACUUGCACCUCCGCGCCAACUCCUCCAGCCCGGGCUCUGACCGUCGGUCGUGGAAACAGUGCGGUCCAGACGGCGACGACACCCCCGACGAGGCCGAGGAUGAACACCAGCAGAUCAAGAGGCGUGCACUCGGUGCCCUGUCGGGCUCCCUGGCGGGCCCCCUGUCCUCGCUCGGGAUGGCGGGGGCCCUGGGGCCCCUGCUGUCGGCGCACGGCUUCACCGACGGCUCCCCUGGCGCCCUGGACAGCGAGCCGGAGGGGCAGUUCGUGUGCAAGCAGUGCGACAAGGUCUUCAGCAAGCAAAGCUCUCUAGCACGCCACAAGUUUGAACAUUCAGGUCAGAGGCCGCACAAGUGUGACGUUUGUCCGAAGGCUUUUAAGCACAAGCAUCACCUCACAGAACACAAGAGACUGCACAGUGGAGAGAAACCUUUUCAGUGCCAGAAGUGCCUCAAGCGUUUCAGCCAUUCGGGGUCAUAUAGUCAGCACAUGAACCACCGUUACUCCUACUGUAAACCGUAUAGAGAAUAGAUAAGUGCCCAUCGAACUUAGUACAGUACCGCACAUCUCAAUUGCAGGGUUCAGUGUUGGUAACCAUUCGAUCUGUUGACUGUUUUCCCCUUUUCUGUGUCAUAAUUUAUGACUGAUACCUUUCACAGUGCCUCUUGAUUUUGAGUGUAAACACUGCACUUAAUUUUUAACAGUUCUUGAAUUACUUAAUUUAUUGUACAAUGUCCCUUUCAAGGCUUAUUCUCAAGCCUUAAUUCAAUGAUAGUUACUUCUGGAUCGAAAAAGAACCCUUUGUGAACCCUUGCUAUUAGAUGUUGCUCCUCUGCAUUUCUCUUAAUGCCCUGUAACUUCCUGCGGCCACAUUAAAAUUUUUAUAAUUCUAUAGCUUUUAAUAGGUUUAGGACAAACUGUUACGUUGUUUAUGUACCAAAUGGUUUAUUGAUCUAUUUCUCCUUGUGGCUGGAUGUAAAUUCUUACACAUUGACAAUAUUACAUAGACUUAAACUGAACAAAGGUAUUGAAAUAACUUUAGCUUACUGAAAAAUGUUUAACUUUUCUGUGAAUUGUUGGUAUGGUGUUCCCGUGUCUUUGCACUAGAGUUUAUGAACCUUACAUGGUUUUGCCUUUCUCUUUUAUCCUUGUAUCUUACUCAGUGUAGUAUUAAAUCCCGCAUGCAAAGAGCAUUUAUUUUUUUUAGUUCACCCAUUGUUUAUGUGUGGCAUAUGGCACAUUAUUGUUAUCCGUGCAUCUUAAAUGAUGAAUUUAAAAUGUAGUUAUUUUGUUUUGUUGAUUUUUUUGAUUUUUUUCAUUUUAUGUUUAUUGAGGGAAAAGAAUGCAGAUUCUAGGAUGAUGGUUUGUCCUGUUCAGUUAAGGGGAAAAUUGUAAUUUUCAAGUCAUUCCAAAGUUAUUUAAGUAGAUAAAACUAUUAUAGAAAUUAUACAUGCAUACAUAUACUAUGUCUGUCUACAAACUAAAGUAUACAUUUAUAUGUAUAUAUUUUGAGCAAUCAAUGUACAUAGAAAAAUGGGGUUGACAAUAAUUUUAUAUGACUACUUGUUACUGCAAAAUUUUGGUCAUAAAGAAGUGAAAUACACAGGAACAUUUAACUAGUUCUUCUUUUGGUAAAUGGAGGAAUGGCUUAUCCACAUCCUAAGUGCUUCUUGUAUUGUGUGAUAGAUUCUAUUACGUGUGGUAUGAUUGAUGAUUGUACCUAUAUUUGAAUCCCACUUGUUCAAUGUCCUAGGUAUAUUCAAUUGUAUCUGUAAAUAUUUUAUGGACUGGAUUUUACAUAGCUAUAUGAUAUGCCAUUCCAAUAAGUUUCACAAAGUUUUGUUUGUGAAUGCCAGCUUGUCAUGACUUCUAUGUGUUUUUGUAUGCUAGUCAAACCAAUCUGAGGUUAUGUUUUAGUCACCGUACUACAGUAGUUCGAAUCAUUUAUACUCCUUACUGUAUGUAUGCAUUCCCAGAGUGAUGUGUAUUUGAAUAUGUGUGGAAGGAUCCCUUCUAACUCAUGAAAAGUGAAUUCAAGUGCCAAAAAGGUGUACAGUCGUAGUAAAAGGAGUGCUUCCAUUGUAAAUUUAUGCUCUCUGUUAAAUUGAACCAGAUAUUUAUUAAGUUAGCCCAGAAGCGCAUUUUGAAAUUUAGUUUUUUACACAAUCACAGAAAGUGUUCUGUUUAUUGUAUUAAAAUAUUUAAGAUGAGUGUUUGCUGUUUGGUUGUAAGACUUUUAUAAUUUUUUCUCUCAUAAAAACUGAUUUUGUUUUUGUUGUUCCCAGUCCACUUUGACUUUUGGACGGAUAGAGCUAGUACCACCAAAGACGCGUGUAUUAUAAAUAUUCAUUCUAUUUUGAUUUUGCUGUCAUUGCAAUUUAUUGAUGAUAUUUUUUAUAUUGUUUUAAGAUUAUUUUUUUUAAUUUGUUGCCCCAUUGUCAAAAAAUAAUUUGGGCUUAAAAGUGCCAUCACUUUAUGUUGAUUAUAGAUUUAUAUUAUUUUAAGAAUGUUUCUUUUUAAAGCUUUUUGUAAGGUAUGUACCUAGGGUGACGUGGAAAACGUCCCAAAUGUUUACAAUUUCAAAGGCCAAUAUUGUGUAUCUCUUCCCAAUUAAAUUAAAAAUAAAUUGUGAUUCAACCAAA